ACUUUCGCAAGGCACUGUAAAUAUAUAAAUAUAAACACAGUCUCAAAGCCAGGUGUGUACUGACCAACCAUUCACACUGGGAUAUAGACAGUCCUGUGUUCUGCUUGUAGGCAUGCAGGACUUUAGCUGUUGUCAUAUUUUGUCAUUAGACCGUUUAAUUGAUAUAUGACCAGCAUUCCAUGUAACAUUGAAUAAAUAUAUUUGAUGAGUUACUUUGGUAAUGGGCCAGUUUCCCAGACACAGAUUAAGUCUAGUCCUGGACCUUAAAGAACUUUCUAUUGAAACUUCCUUUGAGCAUGCUUUUUAGUCCAAGCACUAGACUCAAUCUGUGUCCAGGAAACAGGCCCCAUAUGUAUUACUGACAUGCUUGUCCUUGUUCAGGACUCCACACACUGGCUUCAGAUUGAACCCUUGACUUCCACUGUCCAGGGAGUGACAAUGUUCAGACACAAGACACCCAAAGGGAGUUAUGAGUGCACAGUGUCUGGGCUCCGCUGGCUGUGUGAGAGAGAUGUCAUUCUGAAGUAUCACUUCAGGAACUGGGAACCCUACAGUCAACUUCUGAAAGACAUGCAGUACACACAAGGUGGUCCAUUGCUGGACAUCACUAUGGAGUUAGGUGAACUGGAGGAAGUUCAUCUGCCACACUUUGUCUGUUUAGGGACCAACCCUUCCCUGAGGAAUGAGAUGAAGACUCUUCAUGUAGAGGAACAUGGAGUGUCUUUAGAGGAAGUGCAUGAGGUCACCAGAUUCCAUGUUAAGAUUCUCCAUCCCAAGUUCUCAGCUAUCUCUGUUAUACUGAGGUUACUGUCUUGGAACGUAGACGUUCACUGUGAGCUGAUGCUCUAUCUGACAGUGAUGAAGGAAACACUAAUUCCACGCCUAUACCUGUUCCCCAGUAACCCCGGCCAGAUACAGGUUGUGGAACAACAGGAAUCAAAGUUUCAAGGGUCUAAAAGGUUUCCCAUCACAAGACCAGAGCGGUCCUUCAAACUGAAUAGUUCCUUCAGACUGAACAUUCCCUGUUCUACUGCCAUUAAUCCACCGAGGAUUCAUCUCAUACAAAGAGACACCACACCAAGCUUUUUCAAGGCGAUUGUGAAAAUAACAGGGAUUGACAUUGAGAUGGAGUUAUUCAGUGAUGAUGAGAGGAUAGUAUGGACAGAAAUAGUAUCACGAGAUGAAUACUAUCAGAACCAAGCAUUAACACUCUCUGGGAUUCCUGCUGAGGAGUUUCUGAAGAAACACAGGGCUGAACUCAUUCAGGGAGUCAAAAACCCAAUGCCAAUAGCAGAUGAUCUGUUGUCAAAGAGCAUGAUUGGUGAAGAAGAGUACUCCAGAAUAAAAGCUGAAACAACGGCACAGGAGCGAAUGAGAGAACUACUGAAUGCAGUCCUCCCUAAAGGACCAGAAGUGAUGGGAGCUUGUCUUAAAGCUCUCAGUGAACAUGAACACCAUCUUGUUAAGUACUUGAGUGAAUCUAGCACCUAAUCUGAAGAUGCUGAGGCCUGUCUCCUAGUCUGUGGACAAAGACACUUCUUAACCUAAUCUGAAGAUGCUGAGGCCUGUCUCCUAGUUUGUGGACGAAGACACUUCACCUAAUCUGAAGAUGCUGAGGCCUGUCUCCUAGUGUGUGGACGAAGACACUUCUUCUUCUGUUUUAUUCAUGUGCUGUUCUGUAAACUAAUUUGUGUCUUCAUGCAAGUGGCUGACUGUACAAAUCCUCACUAUCAGUAGCUGUAAUUUGGCAGUAAGGCCAGACGUUGGUUUGAGAACGAGAUAUCUCAGUUUCAAGGUCUCAGUUUAGAGAGAAGAAGUCUUGUGAGGUGUUGGUCUGUCAAAUGCUAUGAACCAGUAUUGGUCGGUCACAUGAAUGAAGCAAACAGUAAUGAUUCAUUAAUUAUGCUAAAUCAUGCAAAUGUAACUUGUCUGUGUAAAGCUAUAUAUAAGAAAACUGCUGGGGCUGCCCCAGGCAUAGCCCCUGAUUGACAUGUGUACUAUGGUGCAUUUAGUUGGUUGGAACCUCUCCAGCUCACUGACAAUAAAUAAUGAUUAAUUUAA